AGCGGGAUUGAAAACCAAAAUUGAAGAAAAAAGCAAAAAAUGGCAGCAGCAAAAGGUGCGUGCCUGAACCACAUAUCUCGAGAAUCAUCAGAUAUAAGAAGGCUUGCCGAUUUCUACAAAGAGAUAUUUGGUUUUGAGGAGAUAGAGAGCCCUAAGUUCGAGUUCAAAGUUAUAUGGCUUAAGGUCUCUCCAGAUUUCGCUAUCCACUUAAUCGAAAGGAGCCCGGAUACCCAGCUUCCUGAAGGACCCUACAGUGCCGCUUCACCGGUUCUUGAUCCUACCCAUCUCCCUAGAGGACAUCAUGUCUGCUUCUCUGUCUCGAAUUUUGACUCCUGUGUCCAAUCUCUCAAGGACAAGGGAAUAAAAACGUUUCAGAGGUCUGUACCCAAUCGGCCAAUCAGGCAGGUCUUCUUCUUUGAUCCAGAUGGUAAUGGAUUGGAAGUUGCUAGUCGUGAUGAAUAGGGUUGCUCUCUACCUGUGAGUAUGGAUAAAUGUUUGUAGGCCUGUAAGCCUGUAAGGGGAAACAUAAACUUAAAAUAAAAUGUAAUAAAAACCCCUUAUUUGUAUGCAGUUACUCGUAACUCUUAUGAUCGUAUGUAUUCCUGGAGUUCUGGAUCUUUUCUAGUUUUCCUUCAAAUAAAAAAAAAAACCCAUCAAAAUUGGAUAG